GAGCUGGAUCGGAAACAUUUUCGGAAAAGAAAUCUUCAUACCCAUGGUGACUUGAACAAUUGAGAACGUCACUUCUUGAGAACAUUAUAUUGCCAUCAUGGGGAAAAUCGCGACUAUGGAGUAUUUUCGAGUUCCGCCGCGCUGGCUAUUCGUGAAAAUCACUGAUGAGAGGAGAAACGUUGGCUGGGGAGAAGCUUCAUUGGAAGGUCAUACACAGGCUGUUGAGGGAUGUUUAGAUGCAUGGUUCGAUCGAUACAUGGGACUUGAUGCUGAUGACAUUGAGCACAUUUGGCAGAUGUCCUGGCGUACAACUUUCUACCGAGGUGGACCUGUAUUCAUGAGUGCGCUAGCUGGUAUCGACAUUGCUCUAUGGGAUCUCAAAGCACGAAAGUUAGGCGUGCCGAUAUACCAAUUACUCGGAGGAAGGGUUCGCGACAAACUGAAGGUAUAUGCAUGGAUAGGCGGCGACCGACCUGGAGACGUCGGCAUUCAAGCACAAGCACGCAAAGACCAAGGGUUCACAGCAGUAAAAAUGAACGCCACAGAGGACCUGGGUUGGUUGGAUUCCCCAUCAGCCUUAGAUAACAGCGUUGAGCGCUUGAAGGCUGUAAAGGCACUCGGCAUGGACGCUGGCAUCGACUUCCAUGGUCGAGUUCACAAGCCUAUGGCAAAGCAACUCGCUCAUGCCCUCGAGCCGCACCGCCCGCUGUUCAUCGAGGAGCCCCUACUCUCGGAACAUAUCCACGGCAUCAAAGCAUUGUCGAAGCAGACGAGCACUCCAAUUGCACUUGGUGAGCGUCUGCACAGCCGUUGGGAUGUACGCCCGUUCCUGGAAGCUGGCUGUGUUGAUAUACUGCAACCAGAUAUCUCACAUGUGGGAGGAAUAUCGGAAAUGAGACGCAUAGCAGCAAUGUGUGAAGCAUACGACGUGUCCCUCGCCCCUCAUUGUCCACUUGGGCCAAUUGCAUUGGCUGCAAACAUCCAGGUGGACGCGGUGAGUGCAAACUUUGCCAUCCAGGAGAUGAGCCUGGGUAUCCAUUACAAUGCCGGUAGCCAAGAUCUGACAAGCUAUACGAAGAAUCCUAAGGUAUGGGACGUGGAGGGUGGAUACAUCAACUUGUUAACAGGACCCGGGUUGGGGAUUGAAAUCGACGAGGAGCAGGUGCGAAGUCUGUCCAAAAAAGCAAUGCCAUGGCUAAGCCCAGGCUUCAUCGGUCCCGGUGGAGAAAUUCGUGAAUGGUGAAGACUGAGUAGGGGUAAGCAGGAACGACGUGUCGAGUGUGGGAACUUUGGUAAAUUAGACGUGGUAAAAUUGAUUAACGUGUCUACUAAGUCUAUCUGUUCCUAUAGAAUCAUAAAAAGAUAUAACGUUUUAUCUAGCGCCCGCUAGCGCCCUC